AUGGAGCCGUUCGUAGAAACCCCUGUGAAUGUAAUCGUAAUGGUGAACUCUCACCCAAGUGAGUCCCAACUACGGAGAGAAAUACGAAAGUCUUGGGGAGAUCCAAAGUAUUAUGACAGAACCUAUACUCGACUCAUAUUCCUUGUUGGAAGACCGGUAUCGCAGAAUGAGUUAGAACAAGUUGUUGAGGAACAUCGAGACUUCAAUGACAUCUUGGUGGCUGAUAUAAAAGAAGACUAUUAUCUGCUAUCAAUCAAAACUUAUGCUAUGCUUUACUACAAAAUGACGAAACUCCCGCAAACUCGAUGCCUAGUGAAAGCAGAUAGUGACAACGUUUUGAACCUUCAUAACUAUGAGAAGUUAUGCGAAGAAACAAUUGCCCCUCGAAUCGUUGGAAGCUGUGACGUGGAUACAACAGUGUUGAGAACAAAAUCGAAGUGGGCAAUACCAGUUGACAUUUAUCCUUUGCCACAAUGGCCAACUUAUUGUUCUAGUGGAACCUAUGUUUUUUGUGGAGAAGAUGUUCCAGAACGAAUACUUCAAUCGUCCGAAGAUACGCAGUUCUUCUCUUCGACAAACUUCCGUCGUUUACCGGAAGAUGUCUUGUUUACGGGUAUUUUUGCUGAAAAGGCUGGUAUAUCCAGAAAGCACGUUGGCACAAUGACUUUCCGAGACAAGCCAGCCUUUUCAUGCCGUACGAGACAGUAUACAUACAGCAUUCACAUGCAUCGUCGGAAGAAUCCCAUAUCUUAUCAUUUAAGAAUGCUAUCACAAGAAGGUAUUCUCUGUUGA